AUGGGUGUUUCUGUCUUUGCGAAAUACAGAGUAAUUACUUUAGAAUAUAAUAUGAAAUCAUUAUUAUCUGAACAAGAACAAGAAAUAAAAACAACUGAUUAUACAAUACUUGUUGAUAUUUACAAAAAUCUCGGCUAUUGUUAUAUGCGGAAAACUGAAUAUGAGCAGUCAAUUCAAUAUUUAUUAAAAUCACUUGAGAUAAAAGAAAAAUAUUUUCCAAAUGAUCAAUUAGAAGUUGCACGUUUAAAUAAUGAUAUUGGAUUUUGUUAUCUUAAAAUGAAUACAAACGAUUUAUCAUUAAAUUAUUACAACAAAGCACCAGUAGAAACCUAUGAAAAAGAGGGUUCUAUAGACUAA